GUGGUAGGUCGACCUCCCGUUAGCACCGACGAAGUCGUGUUUACCCGUUCGGCCGUUGUUGGCUCCUGAGGUGACUGUCACUGCAGUUGAAGCGAAGCACCGACGGCAAUAACAAUCAGUUGCGAAUUAGAACCACAAGCUCAACGGACAGAGAAAUCAUUAAACAAGAGCACCAAAAGACUUUUCUCAACUUUCCCCAAAAGGUCAUCCAUCGCCUUCCAACUUUAACAAAAACAGCGUCGUCUUCUCCGAGGUUCUUAUACGUGUAUUUUCGGGGACUUGAAAGAAACCAGUUGAAGUGCGUGUAUGAAGAGAAACAUUUUCGCGAUUAACAAACAUUUUCAACUUUGAAAAUUGGGACUGGAAAACGAAAAUCGACUGAGAACCGAACAGGACACUGAAGUGUAGAACGCUGUCCGUCACACUGGAACGGAGAUAAACCUUAAAACUGCUGAAAACUAUAAGUGACAAUAUGAUGAAGAUGACUUAUAGCCUGGUUGCAGUGGUACUAGCAACAGCAGCCAUGGCAGCGGAACAGCACGCUCCUGAGCAAGACUCUUGGCUACCAUCCUUCCCCAAGGCAAGACCAGCACGCAGCCUUCACAACAAAGAUUGGGUUGCUCAUGCUUGGCAGCCUGAGGCAAACCCCCUGACGCCUUCCACUCACCAACGGUGGUCUGCAGAUGAAGACGUAAGGGAUGUUGCUUGGGAAGUUCAAGACCCCUUGGGUGCAGCUUUACAAUUUGAACAUGGAAAUCUAGAUGAAGAUCUCGCCAAUUCAGAAGAAUCGAUGCUUGAAAUAGUGCGACAGCCACCCAGUCGUCUUGGGUCCUUGGUAGAUCUCUAUAAAGACGUAUUUCAUGGAUUGAGCCCCUUCGUUGCUAAUCCAGAAAACCAAAUUCUCCCAGCCAAACCAGAACGUCGCUCUGGACUGAGUUCUCUUGAGGGUAUUCCAGAAAACCAGAUUUUACCCGCUAAACCAGAACGCCGCUCUGGACGCAGGCCAGCUGCUUGCAGGUUUGGGCCAUUUGGAUUGGUCUGCUGGAAUGCUGCAAGGCGAGGCGCCGUGAUGCGACAACGUUCUACCCAGUAUUCCCAGUAGUAAAGUCCCUUCAAGUUCCCUUUGCUCCAGGACAGAGCAGAACUACAUACGCUUCUAAGGUUAUUUAAAUGAUCCUACCAAGUACCGUACUUUAUAUGACUUUCCACGAUUCAAAACUACAUAUCUGACAAUGAAACAUAAUCACAAAUCACACAAAUUACCCUUUUCUUGGGUCCUUUACAAAAUCAUCCUCCUUUCCAUAAGCACCAAUUCAUGAUAUCCCAAGUCUUUAACAUACAGUAUAACUAUCUCCAUACUGCAUUGUUGCAUAUAAAAUCCUUACCCUACUUCUACUCUUCAUAAAUUAAUGUCGCAUUACUACACCACCAAUACACCGCUUUUUAAUGAGUGAAUCAGUUUUAGAGUCUUUCCUUCAUCAAUAAUCACCUCUCAACAAAAUCCCUUACAUGGACCUGAAAUUGCUUCAAUAUCAUGCUCCAGCUUUGGAAACUUCAUGUUUUUAAAUCUGGGAAGACAAACGCACUGUGUCUUACUUGAAUACAUGUCAGAGUAUUCUUGUUUUUUGCCAGUUUCGACUGAAUAAUAAAUAUGUCCUACACUUGAA